AGCAGAAUGUCCAUCAUCCCCCAGAGGAGCGGCACCUCGUCAUGUCACACCGACGGAGAAUCUCCUUGGGUCGGAUGUGAGCAAUCUCAGCCAGCAACUACAUUGAUGUCUCUCCCGUCCGAGUCCACUUGGAGCCUCUUGCGUUUAGGAUGCGUCCUCCUCCUCCGCGUCCUCUCCAUGGCGCGCCAUCCUCUCUCUUGUGCUUGUGCCUCCUAGCGCUCCUCCACUGGGUUCAGUCGGCUGCGCAAGCCCCUGUUGGCCGACGAGAAAGCGCUGCGGUGGAGAGCUAUGAGAUCACCUAUCCCGUUUGGCUGCAUCCUCGCAGGCACAGCAGGUCUGCCAACAGAGAGCAUCCUCCCGAGGCUGAAGUUCACAUCUCAGUGGAGGGCCAGGACCUUCGGCUACACCUAGAGAGAAAUCAGCAGCUGUUGACCCCCGGAUAUCAGCAAAUAUGGUAUACUCGGGACGGAAGUCGCAGGUCCUUCUCCCCCGUCAACAUGAAUCACUGUCUGUACCACGGAGAGGUUGUGGGUGUAGACGGUUCCAGUGUGGCGGUCAGCACAUGCUCAGGUCUGAGGGGUCUAAUUUCUCUAAACGCAAGUGUCAGCUACCUCAUUGAGCCCGUCUCUACGGCAAUGCCUCAGCACGCCGUUUUCCGAGCCGAGAGUCUCCAUCUACCUCCUAGAAACUGUCUGCAGCGCCAUAGUAACGAAGAGGCUCUUGGCACCUUCCUCCAUGGGAUGACAUCAGCACAGAGCUUAAGGGAACGAAGAGACUUGAGUCUGAAUAUGAAAUACGUGGAGCUGCUGUUGGUGGCAGACAAGGCUGAGUUUGACAAACAUGGGAGUAGUCUCGAGAAGACCCAACUGAAAUUACUGGAAGCUGCCAACUUAGUUGACAAGUACUACAAAGCUUUGAGCAUCCGCGUGGCGCUCAUCGGCCUUGAGGUGUGGACCAACCAGGACAUGAUCAACGUGUCCGACAACCCGCACAGCACCCUGGGGGCGUUCCUCUCCUGGAGACGCAAACAGCUUCACACGCUCCACAAUGACAACGCUCAGCUCAUCACGGGAAAGUCAUUCCUGGGCACCACCAUCGGGUUAGCGCCUCUCAGAGCCAUGUGCUCUGUAUACCAGUCUGGAGGAGUGAACACGGACCAUUCGGAGUCAGCUGUUGGCGUCGCCGCCACCAUGGCGCAUGAGAUGGGCCAUAACUUCGGCAUGAGUCAUGACAGCGCUGGCUGCUGCCAGGCCAAAGCUGAGGACGGAGGUUGCAUCAUGGCAGCUGCUACAGGGCACCCAUUUCCACGAGUGUUUAACGCGUGUAACAUGCGGGAGCUCAAGAGCUACUUGAGCUCUGGAGGUGGAAAGUGUCUCUUCAACGAGCCAAACACCAAAGCCAUGUAUGGAGGGCAGCGCUGUGGCAACGGCUACCUGGAAGAUGGGGAGGAAUGUGACUGUGGAGAGGAAGAGGAGUGUACCAGUCCCUGCUGUAAUGCAAACAACUGCACUUUAAAAGCUGGAGCCGAGUGCGCUCAUGGUGUCUGUUGUCAUAACUGCAAGCUGAAGAGCCCAGGAGUGCUGUGUCGAGCCCCAUCAGGCCAGUGUGACUUGGCCGAGUACUGCGAUGGCAAGACUGAGUCUUGCCCUGCUAACUUCUACCUGGUGGAUGGCACAUCAUGUGCAGAUGGGAAGGCCUACUGCUACACUGGCAUGUGCCUCACACUGGAGCAACAGUGCCGCUCACUUUGGGGUCGAGAUGGCCGUCCGGCCCACGACGUGUGCUUUAAGAAGGUCAAUGAAGCUGGCGACAUGUAUGGCAACUGUGGCAAAGAUCUGUUUGGGAAAUACAGGAGCUGUAAGGAAAGAGAUGCUAAAUGCGGAAAGAUUCAGUGUUUAUCUUCAGCAUCUAAGCCAAUAGAGAGCAACGCAGUGCUCAUCGAGACUACAGUGAGUGUGGGCAACAAGAGGGUGCAGUGCAUGGGAACACACGUUUACAAGCUUGGGCAGAGAGACGAGGAGGUGCAGGGAGACACUCUGGACCCAGGCCUCGUUAUGACCGGCACCAAAUGUGGAGAUGACUCAAUUUGCUUCAAUGGCGAAUGCCGUAAUGCAUCUUUCCUCAAAGCUGAUGACUGCCAUUCCAAAUGUAAUGGACAUGGGUUGUGUAACAACAACCACAACUGUCACUGUGAGAGUGGCUGGGCCCCACCACUGUGUAACCAGAGGGGCCCGGGCGGGAGUGUGGACAGCGGACCGGUCAUCACUCACAGGAAGCUCCUUCUAGUCCUACUGGUCCUUCCUGUCCUUUUCUUUGUUGUUUUGGCUGUUGGAUUGUGGUGUUGCUAUAAACAUAAAUUCCAGCCACUUAAAUCAUCAACUCCAACACCAGUACCGAGUUGUUCAGUCCCAGUCGAAGCCAAGCCUCCGCAUGUGAAUGGUCACACCAACCCAACAUUCUUGCUCAAGAAACAAGACUCGGACCAACAGGGAAAAGUCUCUCCUCCUCUCAGCCAGGCGUAUCCAACCCGGCCCAAAUAUGGUGUUGUGCGUCCUACCGUGAAGCCCCCACCUGUGCCGGUGUUGGCUGUACAGCAGAGUGAGUCUCAGAGUCUUAUCCAGAGACAGCCUUUGCACACUCCCUUUAAACCUGAGCUGAGGAAAAAGCAGGCUCCUAUGCCACCUUUAUCAGCACUUUCACCCUCCACACCUCGACCCGAGCCACCCAGCAGGCCUCCGCCGAGUUGUCCUGACAGCAGAUCGGCAGCGCACCAAUCAAGAGGCCAACUGGUCACCGCUGAUGCGCUGCUGAUGGGAAAGGCUGCUUUGGCUCCAUCUGUUGGAUGUAAAAAGCCAAACAGAGCCUGAACUUCAGGGAGAUGUUGAGGAUCAAUCUGAUCAUGUAAACCAAGAUACUUGACAACCUGAACCUGUGGGCUACGUUGUAGUAUGUAUGUGGUGGACAAGUGGAAAGAAAUGUGAAUGACUUCAUAUCUCAACAGUGUUAAAUUGCCAGAGUAUUUAUUCCCAAAACAAAUUGAAAAACAUGAAUGUUUACAGUAGUGAUGGAACUUGGUGCCUCUGAGAAAGCAUCGAAUAUCUUACAUUAAGAAAAUACGCCAGUGCUGAAGUGCUUAUGUUUUUUUUUUUUUGGGUGGACAAUAUUGGAAUUUGAACUGGACUCAAGGGGACCAGUCCGACACCUUUCAGAAGAGUUGCAUGUCAAUUGAAUGAGAGUCAUGUGUCAUAAUUUUUUUUAUGUCCUUUUUACGGCCAUUCUUAUAUUUUCUUGGAUUUUUUUAUAGCUUUAUUGUAGGACUUUUGUACAUACUGUAAACGUUCUGUAGAACAUUGUCAUCUCUACCCUUUGCUGUAGUGAUAUUUUUUUUUUACCCAAAACCUUGCUGCUUACUUAUAGAGUUUUAUUUUUCAUGUCUGCUAAACCUUCUUGAAUUGCACCAUUAUUUUACUUCAUUCAAAUAUGGACUCUGUCUAAAUGAAGAUUAUAGGUUGCUUGAGCUUUAUGUGUAUAUUAUUGUUGACGGGAAGCAUUGCAACAGGGAAGUGUCAUGAUUAAGGUACUAUUUAAGACUUUGGGAAAUAACUGUGUUGUAACACAGAUGCCACAUUGUGUCUUCUCCAAAGAUCUAUGCAAACUCAGGCACUGCAACAUCGAAUUUUCAACUGGAAUUCAAUAAAGUAUUCAUGUUUCACAUUA